AUGAUUGAGAAAGAAAUGAGCCUAAAUUGCAAUUAGAAACACAAGUAAAGAAUAGAGAAAGUCAGUUCAGAUCCAUAAUUGAAUAAAAGUGAUAAAUUAUUAUGUUAUACAUCUUUAUUGAACCCAAAGUUUGAUGAUAAAUAAAUUAAUUUUAAUGCUAUUUUUUAAGUGAUAUAAGAUAAAUAUAAAUUUAAGAAGUAGCAAUUCGAAAAUAUAUUAAAUACUAAUUUAGGAUAAAUAGAACAACUUUAAAGAGAUCCUUGUAUUUUUAAAAUUAAAUUAAUUUAACAGCCUGUUAAGAUAGUUUAGUUUACAAAUGAAUGGAUUUAAAUAUUAAAUAAUUUUUUUAUUAAACUGUUAAAUAUAGUUUAUUUGAUCCAAUUUAUAAUUUAAUUGGAAAUGACAAGACAAUAUUUGAAAAUCAACAAAAUUUAUUUUCAUAAAUUAAUUAACUCAAUUAAUGAUAAUAUGUUGAUAAUAUUAUUAAUUAAAUAUCAAAUUUAGAAUAAAAGGAAUUGUUAAUCAAGAAUUUUGAGAAUUUGA